GCCGGGCGAAAGCUUUGUCUGAGUUGGAGCGAAGUUCGCGGAGAUUCUUAGACGGGCGGCAGCGAGGCCGGGCGUUCAGUCGGCGGCGGGGGAAAGAAGGAAGGAAGGAGGCAAGGAAGGAGAGGGGAGAGGCGCGCUUGACACUCGGGAAGGGAAGGAAGGAAGCGCCGGCUGCCUCAUUCUGCCUCUCGGCUGGAGGAUAAUCGGAGCAGCGCUGGGAAGGAAGAAGAGGCGGCGGAGGAGAGCGAGAGGAGGAGCUGAAGCAGCAGCCAAAGCGAAAGGAUGUCUGCGCGAAUCCGUCAACUUUUCCUGAGUUGAAUCCGAGGCGUUGCGGGGACUUGGCUGGCCUGGGGGAGCAGGGCCGCUUCCUUCGCAUCUCGGGAGAGGAGAGCUUGGGGCCCUUGCCGGGAGCGGGGGCAGGAUGCCGUCUUGGCGGCCCUGGGCCCUGGCGGCGGGCUACCUGCUGGCCUGCUGCUGCUGCGGGCUGCCCAGCGCGGCGGGCAAGACCCUCAAGUACCGCAUCUACGAGGAGCAGCGGGUGGGCUCGGUGAUCGCCCGGCUCUCGGAGGACGUGGCCGACGUGCUCUACCGCCUGCCCAACCCGUCGGCGGUCCGCUUCCGAGCCAUGCAGCGGGGCAGCGCGCCUUUGCUGGCCGUGCGCGAGGACAACGGCGAGAUCUCCGUGGGCGCCAAGGUGGACCGCGAGCAGCUCUGCCAGAAGAACCUCAACUGCUCCAUCGAGUUCGACGUCAUCACCCUCCCGACCGAGCACCUCCAGCUCUUCCACGUCGAGGUCGAGGUGCUGGACAUCAACGACAACGCGCCGCAGUUCUCCCGCGCGCUGAUCCCGCUGGAGAUCUCCGAGAGCGCCGCUGUGGGCACCCGCAUCCCGCUGGACAGCGCCUUCGACCCCGACGUGGGAGACAACUCCCUCGACACCUAUUCCCUCUCCCCGAAUGACUUCUUCACCGUCGAGGUCAGGACCAGGACCGACGGGGCCAAGUACGCGGAGCUGAUCGUGGUCAAGGAGUUGGAUAGGGAGCUGAGAUCCAGCUACGAGCUUCAGCUCACUGCCUCUGACAACGGUGUCCCCCAGCGCACUGGGUCCUCCCUGCUUAAAAUCAGCAUCUCCGACUCCAACGACAACAGCCCCGUCUUCCAGCAGCAGACCUAUGUCAUCCAGCUCCCGGAGAACUCCCGUGUGGGCACCUUGCUCAUUGACCUCAACGCCACCGACCCGGACGAGGGCAACAAUGGCAAAGUGGUCUACUCCUUCAGCAGCCACGUGUCAUCCAAAAUCCUAGAGACUUUCAAAAUGGACCCCGAAAGAGGGCAGCUCACCCUCUUGAAACCCGUGGACUACGAAACCACCAAAUCCUAUGAGAUUGAUGCCCAGGCCCAGGAUCUGGGUCCCAAUUCCAUCCCAGCACACUGCAAGAUCAUCAUUAAGGUGGUGGACGUGAAUGACAACAAGCCCGAAAUCAAUUUGAACCUGAUGUCUCCAGGGAAAGAGGAGGUGGCGUAUAUCUCCGAAAAGGCGUCCAUCGAGACUUUUGUGGCCCUGGUUCGGGUGCAAGACAAGGAUUCCGGCCUCAACGGGGAGGUGGUGUGCAAACUUCAUGGCCACGGCCACUUCAAACUCCAAAAGACCUAUGAAAAUAAUUAUUUCAUCCUAACCAACACCACUCUGGAUCGGGAAAAGAGGUCCGAGUACAGCCUGACGGUCGUUGCGGAGGACAAGGGGACGCCAAGCCUCUCCACCGUGAAACACUUCACAGUCCAGAUUGUCGAUGAAAAUGACAACCCGCCCCAAUUCCAGACAAACAGAUACGAAAUUGUGAUUUUGGAAAAUAAUUCUCCUGGGGCAUACAUCACCUCUGUGACAGCAACAGACCCAGAUCUGGGAGACAAUGGGCAAGUGACCUACACAAUCUUGGAGAGUUUUAUUCUGGGGAGCUCCAUAACUACCUAUGUUACCAUUGAUCCCUCCAAUGGAGCCAUCUAUGCACUAAGGACCUUUGACCAUGAAGAAGUAAACCAGAUUGCCUUUGUGGUUCAAGCUAGAGAUGGAGGGACUCAACAGCUUGCCAGCAAUACAACAGUUGUGUUGACUAUCAUUGAUGAAAAUGACAAUGCCCCUGUGAUUGUGAGUCCAGUACUGCACAACAAUACAGCCGAACUCUCAAUCCCCAAAGAUGCAGAAAAUAACUACCGUGUCACUAGGAUAAGAGCCAUAGAUAGAGACUCAGGGAUGAACUCAGAGCUGAGCUGUUCAUUAGCAAGCAGUAGCGAAGCCAGCUUCUUCAUAAUGGACCCACAGACAUGUGACAUCUAUCUCAAUGGUAGCAUUGAAUCUGCCAAGUCAACAGAAUGGGAACUUUCAGUGGUGGUUCAGGACAAAGGAAGUCCUCAGCUCAGUACCAAAGCACUUCUGAAAUGCAGCGUUGUUAAAAAUGUCUAUUUGCCUUCAACUACAGAAGCCACCUAUAGCCAACCUUCUCUAGAUUUUUCCUGGAUUGCCAUUAUAUCCUUAGGAGUAAUAUGUGCAAUUUUGCUAGUUAUCAUGGUUGUUUUUGCUACAAGGUGCAAUCGGGAGAAAAAGGACACCAGGUCAUAUAACUGCCGUGUUGCGGAGUCCACGUAUCAGCAUCAUCCCAAAAGGCCAUCGAGACAGAUCCAUAAGGGGGACAUCACACUAGUGCCUACGGUAAAUGGUACUUUACCCAUCAGGUCUCAUCACAAAGCUUCACCUUCAUCAUCUCCAACACUAGAAAGAGGGCAGAUGAGCAGCUGCCAAAGCCAUCACAGCCACCAGUCUCUAAAUAGCCUGGUGACCAUCUCAUCAAAUCACGUGCCAGAGAAUUUCUCUCUUGAGCUCACUCAUGCUACUCCUGCUGUUGAGGUUUCUCAGCUUCUUUCAAUGCUUCAUCAAGGCCAGUAUCAGCCAAGGCCAAGUUUUCGGGGAAACAAAUAUUCUAGAAGCUACAGGUAUGCCCUUCAAGAUAUGGAUAAGUUCAGCUUGAAAGACAGCGGCCGGGGUGACAGUGAAGCAGGAGACAGUGAUUAUGAUUUGGGGAGAGAUUCUCCAAUUGACAGACUUCUUGGAGAAGGAUUCAGUGACCUUUUCCUCACAGAUGGGAGAAUUCCUGCAGCAAUGAGAUUAUGCACAGAAGAAUGCAGAGUCCUAGGGCAUUCUGACCAAUGCUGGAUGCCUCCUCUACCUUCUCCAUCUUCUGAUUAUAGAAGUAAUAUGUUUAUUCCUGGAGAAGAAUUUCAGCCACAGCAAACCCAACCACAGCAGCAGCAGGUAUUAGAAGAGGACUCUCAAGCUGUUGAAUCAUCUGAAAAAAAGAAGAGCUUUUCAACUUUUGGCAAAGAUAGUCAGAAUGAAGAAGAAUCUGGUGACGUGUGUACCUCAUCUCUACUCUCUGAAAUGAAUAGUGUUUUCCAGCGUCUGUUGCCUCCUUCAUUAGAUGCCUACACUGAAUGCAACGAAAUGGAUCCCUCCAGUUCACUUGAGCGUAGGAAAGGACCCUUGCCUGCCAAGACUGUCAGCUAUCCACAAGGGGUGGCCGCAUGGGCAGCCAGUACACACUUCCAAAACCCUGUGAACAGCACUGGGCUUCCUUUGGGGACUCAUUCAGGUGCCCAGCCAUCUUCAAAAUGGCUUCCAGCCAUGGAGGAAAUCCCAGAGAACUAUGAAGAAGAUGACUUUGACAAUGUCCUUAACCACCUCAGUGAUGGUAAACAUGAACUAAUGGAUGCUAGCGAGCUGGUGGCAGAAAUCAACAAGCUACUACAAGAUGUCCGGCAGAACUAAAGUGUUUGGUUUCACAGUGUAUUAUUUUUUCCAUAUUUAUGGAAAACUGAGGGAUGGGAACUCAGAAUGAAAAGAACUGGCAUUGCCAAUUAGUUACAUUUAUCAUAAAUGUGUCUGUGUAUGUUGAAUAUUAAAAUACUGUAUUUUCAUAUGUACACAAUGCAAGUGUGAUUAUCUUUAACUGUAUUUUAAAAAUACAUUUGUACCUUAUAUUUAUGUGUAAUUUAACAAAUAAAUUUUUAUUUUUGUA